UGUACCUGAUACCGGCGACACAUCCCGCGCCAGACCGUCUCACCGUUCACCAUAGCCCGACCCAAACUCGAUAUUGAACAUCCUAAGACUGGGAGGACGAAUCAUACCGCUAUUAUCCGACCUCGGACGGAGGAAUGGAAGCAAGGCAGCCAUGAUGACAUGCAGGAUGAGAGCAUCAAGACGGUCUGAGAUGACGAGUCCGAGCCCGAGUGAUCACGAGCCUGGGCCGAGUUUUCCGCGCCAUGUCGCGUGUGUGGUGAAAGAGGGAGGUUGGGAGUCGCGACUAUGCAGGCAUAUCGAGGUCCUUCGGGGGGUAGAGAGGUAUAGCUGGGUGCUGGAGUGACCAGCAGGCCUCCAACCUCAAGAGACCGGAAGGAGUGGCAGUAGAAAGGGCAGAAGCGUUCCCCCGCCAUCACCCCCCGAGAUACCCACCGGAGUGCCCUUUCUCUAUACUCUGUCUUCGCAUUGGCAGUCAUGAAGCCGUCGACGUUCGUCUCGCAACUCGCCACUGCUCUCGCAGCGAUUCCCCUGUGCUCUGCCACGGGGAACCAUGACGGCGGCGGCGACUCUGGCUGCUGCAAAUUCACUCUGUCGUCCGAAGAUCCCUUUGCGUGUCCCGCUGGCCAGCUCGAGGAUGGCCAGAUCCGCCUCAACGGGACCUACCCGACUUCAACCUUCUGCAUCGGCCCUGAUGGUGGGAUCACUGACGAGAGAGGGUUUGGCUGCAUUGUGACCGAACCGCCAACCACUCAGAUUCAAUGCGAUCAGGGCAAAGCACCGGCAAAGGGCUUCUCCAUCAGCCCGGACAACACCUUGCUAUACAACGGCAGCCCCAAGUUCUUCGCCUGCCCAGCCACCGACACCGAGUGGAACAUUUAUGUGUCGCCCAAUUUCGGGCAGCUCAAGUGCACGCCCAUCACACUCAAGACGUCGGGCUGCGGAACGUCGAAACCGCCAACCUCGUCAUGCCCGGCCCAGCAGCCGCCCGCGACGGUGACGGUCACGUCUUGGCAGACGGUCGGCCAGACCAUUACCCAAGCAAUCACCCAGACCAUCACCCAGGCAACCACCCAGACCGUCACCCGAGCCACGACCGAGACGACCACAUGCACCGUCACGGAAACCAAGACGGAGACCACGACCACGACCACGGCCGAGCUCGUGACCGAGAUUGCGACCGUGACGGACACGUUGACCAUGUGCUCCUCGUCGACAUCGUCCCCGCGCCACUGCUCCAGGUGCACCAAAACCCCGGCAGCACCCACCAGUAACACUACUACUACUAGUAGCUACGGGGGCUGCGCCAAGCCCGGAUGUGGUGGUGGCCACGGCGGCGGCGGCGGCGGCCACGGAAGCACGGGCAUGCUCACCGUCACGCGCACGGGGGACAUCUGGCCGCCUAUUAGUACUCAAACCGCGGGUGUGACUGGUGGCGGCGUGGGUGGGCGACGGGGGAUCGGAAGGCGGUGGUUGGGAUGGUGAGUCCCAUUACUGAUUCGGGCCAGUAAAGUAGUGGCCUCUCGCUGCUAGGUAGAUACCUUAGGUAUUGGUGGCUGGCAUGGGUGGUACUGUUGUGUUCCAUUCCUGGAGAGUCGUAGAAUGACUGGUUGUCAGU